AUGAGCCUUCACUUCCUCUGCAGAAAGCACAGAUGGAGUGAAGGCAGAGAGGAGGGGAGUGUUGUGCUCCGUUGCAUCAGACAGCACUCUGGGUUUCAGCCCAAUUACUGCAGCGAGCCGCGCCUGACCCGGGGCAGAGCCCAAACACUCUGUGGUCCAACACCUCUCCUUUACACAGGCCCAAACACUCUGUGGUCCAACACCUCUCCUUUACACAGGCCCAAACACUCUGUGGUCCAACACCUCUCCUUUACACAGGCCCAAACACUCUGUGGUCCAGCACCUCUCCUUUACACAGACCCAAACACUCUGUGGUCCAACACCUCUCCUUUACACAGACCCAAACACUCUGUGGUCCAACACCUCUCCUUUACACAGGCCCAAACACUCUGUGGUCCAACACCUCUCCUUUACACAGACCCAAACACUCUGUGGUCCAGCACCUCUCCUUUGCACAGGCCCAAACACUCUGUGGUCCAACACCUCUCCUUUACACAGACUCAAACACUCUGUGGUCCAACACCUCUCCUUUACACAGGGCCAAACACUCUGUGGUCCAACACCUCUCCUUUACACAGGCCCAAACACUCUGUGGUCCAACACCUCUCCUUUAAACAGGCCCAAACACUCUGUGGUCCAGCACCUCUCCUUUACACAGACCCAAACACUCUGUGGUCCAGCACCUCUCCUUUGCACAGGCCCAAACACUCUGUGGUCCAACACCUCUCCUUUACACAGACUCAAACACUCUGUGGUCCAACACCUCUCCUUUACACAGACCCAAACACUCUGUGGUCCAACACCUCUCCUUUACACAGACCCAAACACUCUGUGGUCCAGCACCUCUCCUUUACACAGGGCCAAACACUCUGUGGUCCAACACCUCUCCUUUACACAGACCCAAACACUCUGUGGUCCAACACCUCUCCUUUACACAGGCCCAAACACUCUGUGGUCCAGCACCUCUCCUUUGCACAGACCCAAACACUCUGUGGUCCAACACCUCUCCUUUGCACAGGCCCAAACACUCUGUGGUCCAACACCUCUCCUUUACACAGGCCCAAACACUCUGUGGUCCAGCACCUCUCCUUUACACAGGCCCAAACACUCUGUGGUCCAACACCUCUCCUUUACACAGACCCAAACACUCUGUGGUCCAGCACCUCUCCUUUGCACAGGCCCAAACACUCUGUGGUCCAACACCUCUCCUUUACACAGACUCAAACACUCUGUGGUCCAACACCUCUCCUUUACACAGGCCCAAACACUCUGUGGUCCAGCACCUCUCCUUUGCACAGACCCAAACACUCUGUGGUCCAACACCUCUCCUUUGCACAGGCCCAAACACUCUGUGGUCCAACACCUCUCCUUUACACAGGCCCAAACACUCUGUGGUCCAGCACCCUCCUUUACACAGGCCCAAACACUCUGUGGUCCAACACCUCUCCUUUACACAGGCCCAAACACUCUGUGGUCCAGCACCUCUCCUUUACACAGGCCCAAACACUCUGUGGUCCAACACCUCUCCUUUACACAGGCCCAAACACUCUGUGGUCCAUCACCUCUCCUUUACACAGACCCAAACACUCUGUGGUCCAGCACCUCUCCUUUACACAGACUCAAACACUCUGUGGUCCAACACCUCUCCUUUACACAGGCCCAAACACUCUGUGGUCCAACACCUCUCCUUUACACAGGCCCAAACACUCUGUGGUCCAGCACCUCUCCUUUACACAGACCCAAACACUCUGUGGUCCAGCACCUCUCCUUUACACAGACUCAAACACUCUGUGGUCCAACACCUCUCCUUUACACAGGCCCAAACACUCUGUGGUCCAACACCUCUCCUUUACACAGGCCCAAACACUCUGUGGUCCAGCACCUCUCCUUUACACAGACCCAAACACUCUGUGGUCCAGCACCUCUCCUUUGCACAGGCCCAAACACUCUGUGGUCCAACGCCUCUCCUUUACACAGACCCAAACACUCUGUGGUCCAACGCCUCUCCUUUACACAGACCCAAACACUCUGUGGUCCAACACCUCUCCUUUACACAGGCCCAAACACUCUGUGGUCCAACACCUCUCCUUUACACAGACCCAAACACUCUGUGGUCCAACACCUCUCCUUUACACAGACCCAAACACUCUGUGGUCCAACACCUCUCCUUUACACAGACCCAAACACUCUGUGGUCCAACACCUCUCCUUUACACAGACCCAAACACUCUGUGGUCCAACACCUCUCCUUUACACAGACCCAAACACUCUGUGGUCCAACACCUCUCCUUUACACAGGCCCAAACACUCUGUGGUCCAACACCUCUCCUUUACACAGACUCAAACACUCUGUGGUCCAACACCUCUCCUUUACACAGACCCAAACACUCUGUGGUCCAGCACCUCUCCUUUACACAGACUCAAACACUCUGUGGUCCAACACCUCUCCUUUACACAGACUCAAACACUCUGUGGUCCAACACCUCUCCUUUACACAGACACAAACACUCUGUGGUCCAACACCUCUCCUUUACACAGACCCAAACACUCUGUGGUCCAACACCUCUCCUUUACACAGACCCAAACACUCUGUGGUCCAACACCUCUUCUUUACACAGACCCAAACACUCUGUGGUCCAACACCUCUUCUUUACACAGACUCAAACACUCUGUGGUCCAACACCUCUCCUUUACACAGACCCAAACACUCUGUGGUCCAACACCUCUUCUUUACACAGACUCAAACACUCUGUGGUCCAACACCUCUCCUUUACACAGACCCAAACACUCUGUGGUCCAGCACCUCUCCUUUACACAGACUCAAACACUCUGUGGUCCAACACCUCUCCUUUACACAGACUCAAACACUCUGUGGUCCAACACCUCUCCUUUACACAGACCCAAACACUCUGUGGGCCGCCUGCUGGUGAGACUUGGGAGUGUACAUUUGGGAGAGAAGGUUCUCCGUGACGCCGUGCAGGCCCACAGCACGUCCCACGAGGCCUGGGGGGGUCUGGGGGAGGCCCUGCAGGCCCGGGACAGCAGCCAGGCCCCGGACUGUUUCAUCACGGCCCUGGAACUGGAAGCCUCCAGCCCCAUCCGGCCCUUCAGCAUCAUCCCCCGGGAACUGUGA